ACGGGGUGAAGGGGGAGCGAAAAUUAGAAACUCUGUAUUCCCCGGACCUUUAAACCUUUGAACCUCUGUUCUUCUUGCUAUCCAAUCCAAUCCACCCUUCCUGCACAAUCUCUUUUCUGAUUCCCUCUGAUAUCGUCUCCGAUUCCCUCUCGAACUACGAUUGUGCUAACAGCUUCUUGCUUCAGUUAGGGUGCAACUACAGCUGUGUUGAAGAAUUCAGUCUUUGGUUAUUACGGAUCAGUGCAUGUACUGAUCUGAAACGACGCCUUUUCCAUGGCUCCGGUUGUACGCGUCUUAGAAGUCGGGGAGAGGGAGACCACAUGCAUCUGUCCCUCUACUCUACUCUGCUCCCCAACGCAAUUUUGGUGCCUUUUUUUUCCCUCAGCACCACACCCUUCCUCGCACAUCUCCAUCCAUGCAUAUAUUGAUGGCUAGGUCGAUGUGACCUGGGCGGUGUUUUUGGUUCUUGGCCUCAUCUCAUUUUCACUCGAGUUUUUGCUCUGUUGUGCCGCCCUGCAUCUCUUGCGUUACAGUGAAUGAGAGCGAGCAGUACUUCAGUAGUAGUAGUGAUGAGUCUGCAGCUUCAAGAACACGUGGCCAUCCUUCCCUGGCCUCUCCCCAUCGGUAACACAGGGGGGGGGGGGGGAGGCUCCACCGUGUUUAACCAUGGCAUGUGUCUUUUGCUUUGCCUGGUCGGCUGGUCCUUCGGCUCUAUCCUCUUCAGCCUGUUGAGUUCAGUUCAUACCUCCAUUUCUUGCAGUGUUUUUCUUGUUUUUUGCGGAACGAAGCGUAGAACAACGUGUAGGAGCAAUGGAUCUUGAGUUUGGAAGGGGCCUGAGAUCCCCAAAGAGGGACUCGUGGAAGACCACCUUGCUCUUGGCAUACCAGAGCUUGGGGGUGGUUUAUGGAAACUUGAGCAUAUCUCCUCUGUAUGUGUACAAGAGCACCUUUGCGGAGGACAUCCAACACUCGGAGACGAACGAGGAGAUCUUCGGCGUGCUCUCGUUCGUGUUCUGGACACUCACCUUGAUCCCUCUCAUCAAGUACGUCUCCAUUGUGCUACGAGCCGACGACAAUGGCGAGGGAGGAACAUUUGCCCUAUACUCUCUAAUUUGCAGGCACACAAAUGUGAGCCUUCUCCCGAAUAGGCAAAUUGCUGAUGAGGGGCUUUCCACUUAUAAAUUGGAAUGCGCUCCUGAAAUAACUGAUAAGUCCCGUAUUAAGGUGUGGCUUGAGAAGCACAGGAAGCUGCGUGUUGCUCUGCUGAUCAUGGUUAUGAUUGGCACAUGCAUGGUUAUUGGGGACGGCGUUCUCACGCCAGCUAUAUCUGUGUUCUCAGCAGUUUCAGGCCUCGAGUUCUCCUUGUCCAAGGAUCACCGUGAAUAUGCCGUCAUUCCGAUAACCUGUGUCAUAUUAGCAUUCCUAUUUGCCGUGCAGCACUAUGGUACACAUCGGGUCGGAUUUCUUUUCGCCCCGAUAGUUCUAGCCUGGCUACUCUGCAUGAGUGCUAUUGGUCUCUAUAAUAUUAUCCAUUGGAAUCCUCAUAUCUACCAAGCUCUAAAUCCUUCCUACAUGUUCAAUUUCUUAAAAAAGACUAGAAAAUAUGGUUGGAUGUCGCUUGGUGGAAUUUUGCUCUGCAUGACAGGAUCUGAAGCAAUGUUUGCAGAUCUCGGUCACUUCUCAUACAGUGCAAUUCAGCUUGCUUUCACUUCUCUAGUGUACCCCGCUCUGAUCCUUGCAUACAUGGGUCAAGCUGCUUACUUAUCAAAACAUCAUGACUUCUACUCAAGCUCACAAGUUGGAUUUUACAUUGCAGUUCCGGAUAAGGUCAGGUGGCCUAUCCUUGUACUGGCAAUUUUGGCUUCAGUGGUCGGAAGUCAAGCCAUCAUCAGCGGAACCUUCUCAAUUAUCAAUCAGAGCCAGUCCUUGAGUUGCUUCCCUCGAGUAAAAGUUGUACAUACAUCUGAGAAAAUCCAUGGGCAAAUAUAUAUCCCCGAGAUCAAUUGGUUGCUCAUGAUCCUCUGCAUUGCUGUGACUGUUGGAUUUAGAGACACGAAGCACAUGGGAAAUGCAUCUGGACUAGCGGUGAUCACGGUGAUGCUGGUCACCACGUUCCUCACAUCCCUGGUCAUCGUUCUGUGCUGGCACAGACCGCCGCUACUGGCCUUGGCCUUCCUCCUCCUCUUCGGAUCCAUCGAGGCGCUCUACUUCUCGGCGUCGCUUAUCAAGUUCUGCGAGGGCGCGUGGCUUCCAAUCCUGCUCGCUCUCAUCCUCAUGGCCGUCAUGCUCAUCUGGCACUACACAACCAUCAAGAAGUACGAGUUCGACUUGCACAACAAGGUUACGCUGGAGUGGCUCCUCGCCCUUGGCGACAAGCUCGGCAUGGUCCGCGUCCCUGGCAUCGGCCUCGUCUACACCGACCUCACGUCAGGCGUCCCGGCCAACUUCUCCCGGUUCGUGACCAACCUCCCGGCGUUCCAUCAGGUCCUGGUCUUCGUCUGCGUCAAGUCGGUGCCGGUGCCGUACGUGUUCCCGGCGGAGCGGUACCUCAUCGGCCGCGUCGGCCCGCCGGGCCACCGGUCGUACCGGUGCAUCGUGCGGUAUGGCUACCGUGACGUCCACCAGGACGUGGACUCCUUCGAGACGGAGCUCGUCGAGACCCUGGCCACGUUCAUAAAGCUGGACGCGUCCUACCGGUGCAGCGAGGCCAGCGAGCAGGAGCUGGAGGCCAGUGAAUGUGAGCGGCAGCUGACCGUGAUCGCGAGCAACCCGCUCCGGGACCGCGCGAGCUACGACCUCCAGGACAGCAUCCAGCACUCGCCCGCGUCCACCGUGGAGAUGCGCGCCGCUGCCUCCGCCACCGACGACGACAGCUCCGGCCGCACGGCGGUAGCGAGCUCGGCGACGAGGCAGGAGAGGUUCUUCAUCGACAGUCACGUGGCGAGCCCAGAGACGGACAAGCGCGUGGCGGAGGAGCUGGAGGGGCUGGUCGCGGCGCGGGAGGCCGGCACGGCGUUCAUCCUGGGGCACUCGCACGUGCAGUGCAAGACCGGGUCGUCGGUGCUGAAGAGGCUGGCCGUGGACGUCGGGUAUAACUUCCUGCGGCGCAACUGCCGCGGCCCGGACGUGGCGCUGCGCGUGCCGCCGGCGUCGCUGCUCGAGGUCGGCAUGGUAUACGUGCUCUGAAAAUAACGCGACUUCUGCUCCUUUUUCUUCCUUUCUUUCCCUGAACUCUGAUACAGCAAACUCGAGUGUUCACCCUUCUUCUCUUGUAACAUAAGGAGGCCGCUUUGUCUAGUUCAACUUGUUCGUCAUCGUGCUUGUAA